UACGCAACCUGGUCGAGAGAUCUCUUCAAUCCACUGUGUCGGGGUAGUUUUCUUUUCAACCAGUGCUGCCAACGACGUCACGCUCUCCCCUCCUCACCACGAUUGGAUCACGGUUCUUCUGGGUUCCGGAGCGAGCACCGAUAUGCUCGGAUCCGGGAACCCUCGGUGAUAUAGUAGACGGAUAGCUUACUGCUUGGGCGCUGGCUGGCAAGAUGUUUUCUGAAGGGCAUGGCUCUUCGGGGACGGCCGACGGCUCCCAAGAGCAGGGCACCACUUCGGACAGCCCGCCAUCGUCUACCCUCCGUGUAUCGGCCGAGUCUUCGUUCACCCCGACGUUUCGCGAUCGCUUUGAGAUGCUUUCUACGCGCGUGCCGGACUUCUACAUCACUCCGUUUUGCGGCGCCAGUGCGGGUGUUGCGUCGGGGAUUGUGACCUGCCCGCUCGAUGUGAUCAAGACCAAGUUGCAGGCGCAGGGCGGGUUCGCACGGCGACGGGGCAAGGCGGUUGAAGCCAAGACAUUAUACCGAGGCAUGUUAGGGACUGGAAGAGUGAUCUGGCGCGAGGAUGGUAUUCGCGGCCUUUAUCAAGGGCUGGGCCCCAUGCUCCUGGGAUAUCUGCCGACGUGGGCGGUCUAUCUGGCCGUCUACGACCGAUCUCGGGAGUAUUUUUACGAAACGACUGAUAGCUGGUGGCUUUCGAGAGGUUACGCUUCGAUAACGGCAGGCGCUUGCUCGACACUAGUGACGAAUCCGAUCUGGGUGAUCAAAACACGACUCAUGUCUCAAAGUCUCCGGGCGAGCAGCGAAGGCUACCGGGCUCCCUGGCAAUACAACAGCACGUGGGAUGCGGCUCGCAAAAUGUACAAAAGCGAGGGCAUCCGUUCGUUCUAUUCCGGCCUCACACCAGCGCUGCUGGGGCUGGCGCAUGUCGCCAUCCAAUUCCCGCUUUACGAAUACUUGAAGAUGGCAUUUACGGGAUAUGGAAUUGGCGAACAUCCCGAUACUGGCAGCUCGCACUGGAUGGGUAUCACGUCUGCGACAUUCCUGAGCAAGAUCUGUGCCAGCACUGUGACAUACCCACAUGAAGUGCUCCGCACACGGCUCCAGACACAGCAGAGGAUAUCACCGGCGUCGUCACCGGAAGAGAUCUCGUUCCGCGGCGGGAUUGACCAUCCUCAGGACUGUGGCAGGCCUCCGGGUGCGGCCUCGUCGGAUGGGAUGCCCAACCGACCCCGGUACACGGGGAUUAUUCGCACAUGCCAGACCAUUCUGAAAGAGGAAGGCUGGCGUGCGUUCUACUCUGGGAUCGGCACGAACCUGUUCCGGGCUGUCCCGGCUGCGAUGACCACCAUGCUGACCUAUGAGUAUCUGAAGAAGACCAUAGGCCACAUACAGCAUGAGGGGGAGAUGAAGCUGCAGAUGCUGGAGGGUAAAGCGGAGGGUGGGAUCUAAUAUUAGACGAGUGUCCUUACCGCGUUUCGAGCAGCGGCGUCAUGUUUAUGCUGGGCUGUCUCGCACCUCGUACCAGCGCUUUCUUUGUUUCUAGUCGUAC